AUGGAGAUAGAAUCAAGUGAGAAGGGUUCUUUGGGGCCAGGGUUGAGCCCUCUGAGUGAGACUCUUUGGAGAGAAAAGACAAACACAGAGCUCAUUGGAGACGUCUCGGCCAGGCUGACAUGGAAGGACUUAACUGUGACUGUCACACUCAGCACGGCGGGUGAGACGCAGAAUGUUCUAGAAGGUCUAACUGGCUACGCUGAGCCGGGGACCUUCACUGCUCUCAUGGGGCCGUCUGGUUCUGGAAAAUCUACCCUUCUUGAUGCCUUGUCCGGUCGCCUCGCCGCCAAUGCCUUCCUCUCUGGAACCGUUCUUCUCAAUGGUCGCAAAGCCAAUCUCUCUUUUGGCACUGCUGCUUAUGUGACACAAGAUGACAACUUGAUUGGGACACUAACAGUGAGAGAGACGAUUUCAUACUCUGCUCAGUUGCGGCUACCGACCAAGAUGGCGCCGUCGGAUAAGGAAGCACUUGUUGAGAGCACCAUAGUGGCAAUGGGGCUUCAGGAUUGUGCAGACACUGUGAUUGGGAACUGGCACUUGCGAGGAAUAAGUGGUGGAGAAAAGAGAAGGGUUAGCAUUGCCUUGGAGAUCUUGAUGAGGCCUAGAUUGCUCUUCCUUGAUGAACCUACAAGUGGACUUGACAGUGCAUCAGCUUUCUUUGUGACUCAAACAUUACGUGCCUUGGCAAGGGAUGGAAGAACCGUGAUAGCUUCUAUUCAUCAACCUAGCAGUGAAGUUUUCGAACUAUUUGAUCAAUUGUACUUGCUUUCUGGGGGUAAAACUGUCUAUUUUGGCCACGCUUCUGCAGCAUACGAGUUCUUUGCACAAGCUGGAUUUCCAUGCCCUGCUUUGAGGAACCCAUCAGAUCACUUCCUUAGGUGCAUCAAUUCUGACUUUGACAAAGUCAAGGCCACUCUUAAAGGCUCCAUGAAACUUAGGUUUGAGGCAAGUGAUGAUCCCCUUGAUAAGAUAACUACUGCUGAAGCUAUCAGAACUCUCAAUGAGUACUACCGAACUUCUCAGGAUUCUUAUGCUGCAAUACAGAAAGUGGACGACAUAUCCAAAGUUAAGGGGACCGUGCUCGAUGCCGGAGGAAGUCAGGCUAGUUUCUUCAUGCAGUCAUACACUUUAACCAAGCGCUCGUUGAUUAACAUGUCAAGAGAUUUUGGUUACUACUGGCUUAGGCUUGUAAUCUACAUUGUGGUCACUAUCUGCAUUGGAACCAUUUAUUUGAACAUCGGCACAAGCUACGACUCAAUUCUGGCAAGGGGCUCAUGUGCAUCUUUUGUGUUUGGUUUUGUAACCUUCAUGUCAAUUGGUGGAUUCCCGUCGUUUGUUGAAGACAUGAAGGUUUUCCAAAGGGAGAGGCUUAAUGGCCACUAUGGCGUGACAGCAUUUGUGAUCAGCAACACAUUAUCCGCUAUGCCAUUCCUGAUGCUAAUCACCUUUCUCUCCGCUACCAUUUGUUACUUCAUGGUUCGCCUGCAUCCCGGCUUUUCACAUUAUGUGUUCUUUGUCUUGUGCCUUUUUGCUAGCGUUAUGGUGGUAGAAAGCUUAAUGAUGGCCAUUGCUAGUGUUGUCCCCAACUUCCUCAUGGGUAUCAUAACUGGAGCAGGGAUUCAGGGUAUAUUCAUGUUAGUCUCUGGCUUCUUUAGGCUCCCACAUGAUAUCCCAAAGCCAUUUUGGCGCUAUCCAAUGUCAUAUAUAAGUUUCCAUUUUUGGUCACUACAGGGACAAUACCAAAAUGAUCUGAGGGGCUUGCUAUUCGACAACCAAUCGCCUGACCUUCCCAAAAUACCGGGCGAAUACAUCCUGGAGAACGUUUUCCAAAUCAAUGUGAACCGGUCGAAGUGGAUCGACCUAGGCGUGAUCUUCAGCAUGAUUCUCGUGUACCGCAUCAUCUUCUUUGUGAUGAUUAAGGUGAAUGAGGAUGUCACUCCUUGGGUCAGAGGUUAUGUAGCAAGAAGGAGAAUGCAGAACAAGAAUAUUGCUCCUGAUGCUCUCACUCAAUCUCCAUCACUGAGAGCAUAUGUUAAUAGGGACACUCGUAGGAGGUAG